GUCAGGGUCAGAAGCGACUGGGCGAAAAGCACAGGCCUUCCGGAGAGAGCGCUGGGCUUGAGCCAAGGCCAUCUCUGCUGGGGGAAAAAACCCAGCAAAAAUAAAACAAACAACCUCCAAGCUCCUUUUCCUAGGGCCUCUCCAGAUAGCAUUCCUGGCGCAUUGCCUCGCUCCACCUCUGCCCAGUGUGAGAACACCGCUUUGCUGUGUGGCUGCCUGCCCAGGGAAGCCAGGGACACGGCUGAAAGCUUUUUCUAUCUGCAUUGCUGAACUGUCAAGAGGAGUAGGGGACUGAGUGGUGCACGUCUGAUUCAGCACUGAAGGCGCCAUUGCUCAGUUGGGAACGCCCCAGAGCCUACUUCAGUGACUGGGCACUGCCUGGCAUCCUUUGGAGACCUUUCCAGACAGAGGCUUCUGUGGUCUCUGACUCUUCUCGGCUCCGACUCAGAAGAAACUUGUCAUGGCUGACAGCCAGAUCCCCUUCUCAUGCCAUUAUCCCGGCCGGCACCGGACCCUUCGAGACACGUUCCGGGAACCCAGCUUGUCUUCGCGGCUUCUGGACGAUGACUUUGGCCUGUCCUCCUUCCCCGCAGGCCUGACCUCAGACUGGCCGGACUGGGCCCGCUCCCGACUGGGUCCAGCGUGGCCGGGGUCGCUGAGGUCCCGGACCACUGGCCUAUCCCCGCCAGGAUAUGGCCCCAGAUUUGGGGAGUACACAGAAGGUCCGGCCUUUGGGGGCAGCCCUCCCCCCUUUUCCGGGGAGCCGUGGAAAGUGUGUGUCAAUGUGCAGAGCUUUAAACCUGAGGAACUGACGGUGAAAACCAAGGAUGGUUAUGUGGAAGUCUCAGGUGAGUGAUGGGGAAAUUAAGCAG